AUGGCCGUUCCUAGCCUUGUUCCCUUCGUCGAACAUCCGCGCGUGUGUGAUGGAGCGGUCGCCAUUGAGCUGCUGGCCUGUGUGAUUCGCUUUCUGCAGGCCAUCCCGAUCAGCAAGGGCCGCUAUGGCUUGGACCUGCAGCCCCUCACGCAUGUGGUGAUCCACCAGGUGCUGCUGAAGGCCCUUGCCGAGCCAUCUGCGUUCCGAAGCAGCUCUCGGUACUGGAGGCUGGCAGCAUUGACCUUGCGCUGGCUUCGUCUUGUGCUGCGCGGACCUUUGCCGAUGAGCACUUCCUCCAGUCUCAAUGCUUUGAUUGUGAGGCCGUACAGUGACAGCGACAGCACCGCGGCCGAAGUCUCCAUGCGUUGCGCUGCGGGCAACGCCACAGCCUAUGCGUUCAGGUGCUUGCUGAGCUUGGACUCGCCUGUCUUCGCUCGAGUGUUGUAUCUCACUACGCUCCAGGGGCACGCAAUGGACGGGCUCGCAAAUGGAAGAAGAGCAGGUGCCUCUCAAGCAUACCUGGAGCAGUGUGCUCGACAUGGCCUGGAUGUUGUCCGCAUUCUGCUGCAGCGAGACGUGCUUUUCUCCCGCCUACACGCGCAAAACACCUCUGAGCGAGCUCUUUCCAGCAUGUGGUCUGGUGCGGCAUUCCUGCAGGACGGUCCGAUUCUGCCGACUCAUCGGCUCCUCCUGGCCGAGUUUGCAUUCACCUACCCACCUGGAGGCUCAGGCCGUAGCAGCUCCUUCUCCGCCUUCAACCCGUUUUGGUCACAGAGGCCUCAUUUCGAGCAGACGGAGUCGCCAGAUGCUUCGGCAGGAAGCAGGCGACACAAUCCCAGCUACCUGGCACUGCUUUCCGAGUUCGUGGGUGUUCGUUCACACAACGGGAUCGGACGCCUUGCGCUCUUCGUCUUCAUGCAAUGCUCCUACCGUGAGCCGCAGCGGGUUCUUCGGCUGCUGCAGCUGGAGCCCUGGCGGCUGGUGGCCCUCAGUGCUGCACUCUACGAUCGCAUCGUGGAGCCUGAUGAGGGCGAGGCAUGCAAGGAGGCUCUGGCCGCUGCGAAGUCACAAGGCAAGACCUGGGACAAAAGCACGGAAGCUUAUUUCAUGCACGAGGCCAUGGAGAUCGAUGCCUCUCCUGACUUUUGCCAUUUGGAUGUCACCUCUUUCGAAACUGCUCUGCCGCUGUGCCGCGCC